AUGGUGGUGCCGUGGGCCGCAGCCGGCCCGUGGGCGGCCUCCAUCGCGACCGCGUGGCUCUCGCGCUGUCCCGCGUGCCCGGAGGCCCGCGUGACGUGCGGGGCCUGCCCCGCGUGCCCUCCGGCGGCGGCCGCCGCCCCCUGCCCGGGCUGCCCGAGCUGCCCGGACUGCAGUCUGACCUGCGGGACCGGGCCAGGCUGGUGGGCGGUCCUUGCCGCCCUGGCUGCUGGCCUCGCGGCCGGUGGCAGCUUCCGCGUGGCGCUGGGCUGGGCCGCCCGAGCCGCCUCGCUCUUCGUCGGCGGGACCGACCCGCCGCGGCGCGAGGGUGCGGCGCCCGUGACCCUGCUCGUCGAGGACGACGGAGCGGGCCAGGACGGCGGCGCGCAGCGCCGCUUUCGGGCAGUGCGAGCGAUGGCGGCGGCGGCGAUGCGCACGCUCGACGUGCCCGAGGCGCAGGUGUGCGUGAACUACGACGACGACGACAACUUCCGGUGGCACCACAGGGUGCUCCUCGAGCAACUCAGCCCUGGCAUCUGGGUGGCGGCGACUCCCGACGGCGAGGUGCUGACGCUGGACCUCAGCAAGCACCUGGUCGUCCCCCUGCGCCGGGCGUCCGCGUUCCCGGUCCGGGUUCGUGGGCAGGUCUACGCGUUCGGCGACCAGUCGGACGAGGACAUCGAGGCGCUGCGCGUGGAGGCGCGUGGCCUCGCCCUGGUCAUGGGCGUCGCUGCCCCAGCUGGGACUGCUGGCGGCGUCGUGCCGCGCUGGAUCGUCUCGGACCCAGGCUCGCCCGAGUUCGGGCGCGAGCUGGACCUCCACCUCAUCGGGAACCCGGAGCGGCUGAUCAGCCGCGACGCGGUGGGCAUCGCGAUGCUCAGCGAGGAGGAGGGCUGGGUCUCGGUCGAGAACGUGCAGCAGGCCGACGAGGAGGACUGGCGCGCCGAGAAGCGCCGAGGCCCGGGGCGCGACCCGCGGAUCCUCCCGCUGGCGCGGCGGGGUCGCGGGCUCCAGGUGACGCUCGGGGAGGCGAUCGCGAAGAUGAACGCGGUCGACUUCGACGACUGGCCCUUUCGGGGGCCGAAGGCCCUGCCCGAGCUGCUGGCCGCCAUCCUCGCCACCGGGCUGACCCUCACGUCCUACUGGGGGUACUGGGUCUCGGAGUCGGGGGUGUCGCGGAACGCCGCGGUGGCCCAGGAGGUGCGGCACGCGCUGAGCCAGCUGCACCACGCCGUGACCUACGACCUCGUGGACCCGUCGAACCUGGCGUCUCUGGAGCUCCUGGGACGCCGGGUGCUGCAGAUCCAGCGGGCGGUGAAGAGGUGCCCGCGCCACCCGAGCUUCGAGGGCCUCGGCCUGAUGCUGAGCAGCUCCUUGGACGAGAGCGGAGGCGUCGUGACGUCGAAGUUCGACGCGUUCGUGGCCGAGGAGCAGAAGUCGCAGGGCAUCAUUCUGAAGCAGGAGCGGAUGUGCCGGGAGGAGCAGGAGUCGGAGGCGAAGAAGUACGAGAGGCAGGGCGACGACAGGGAGAGGGGCCCCAAGGCGGAUCUGAAGGGCAAGGCAAAGCCGAAGCCCAAGGCCGCCGCGAAGGAGUCGGUCAUCAAGCGAGUCCGACGUCGUGUCCGCGGCUUCGGCGACCGACCGAAAGACAUGGACUGUGCUGGAGCCCUGCAGGAGCUCCUCAAGUGCAAGGAUCUGUGCUCGAACAUGGGCGAGGCUUCUACUCGCCGCGACUAUGAUGCUGACAAGCUCAAUGUGUUACGACGUGCGCCACAUGACCGGCCUCGUCAGCUUCGAGACGUUGCCCCUCGGCACGUCACCGAGGCGCUGGACCACUUCAACUCGGACGUCGUUCGCCCCGCGCCGAACAUCCCCGAGGACGAGGUCAUCGUGGAGCCUUACUGGGACCCUCUCCUCAACCCGCGCGACCCUCGGAACCGACCACGCCUCGUCGACUUCCUUCGACGACUCGCUGCACGGGGCCUGGUGGAUGGCCGGGCGCGUCGGAAGGCGUGCGUCAGUACCUUCUUCGUCGCCAAGAAGAACGGCGACAUACGCAUGGUCGUGGGCGCUCGCCAGCCCAACCAGCUGCACAAGCUCCCCCCUCGGACUGUGCUGGCAUCCGGUGAGGCGCUGGGCUCGAUCAACUUGCUCGACGCCGCCGGCGCGAGCCCCGAGGACUUGGCGGAUUUCGACGGCUGCUACGAGUCGCUCUGCGCAGGCUCCGUGGACCUCAUGGACGGGUUCUACCAGUUCGCCGACCCCUCGUGGGGCAGCUGGAUGUGCUUCGACGUGGAGGUCACCGCUGACGAGCUCGGGCUCGACUCGAUCUACGACGAGAAGCUCGGGCGCCGCGUGGCCGUGUCAGGCGACGACGUCAUCUGGCCCUGCUUCGCGGCGUUGCCCAUGGGCUGGAGCUGGGCGCUUUGGAUCUGCCACGAGGUUCUCGUCGACGCGAUGGACGAGGCGGGCCUCCCAGGCGACGGCUGGUGCCUUGACAAAGCCCGUGCGCCGACUCUCGUCGGACAGGCUGUCGUCAGGGCGCCGUGCGUCGACAACGGGAAUCUUGUCGCGCUCAGCGCGCCGGCGCUCAACGACCGGCUGGACAAGCUCACUGCUGAACUGGAUCGUCGCGGGCUUCGCUGGCACGAGCUCGAGCGCGCGCAGCCCGGCCUUGUCGUCUUGGGGCUGGUGCUCGACGGGCGCGAGGGCCGACUCAGGCAUACCGCCAAGCGCGCCUGGAGGCUCUACCUGGCUCUGCACCACGUGCUUCGGACGCCAUGGCUCGCCCGCUGGCAGCUGCGGCGAAUCGUCGGCCACCUGGUGCACUACUUCUCCGUCGUACGCCCCGGGCUCAGCGUGCUGGGGUCCUGCUACACGUUCAUCGGAGACGGCGACCUGUCCCCUGUCGUGCGGUUGCCUGGAGAUGUUCUCGGUGAGCUCGCAGUUGCUGCAGGCCUCGUCUUCCUCGGCGAAGUGGACCUGUGCCGCGUGCCGUCCGACGUCGCCUUCACGACCGACAGCUCGCUGCGAGGCUACGCCGUCUGCGAAGCCCGACUGGAGCCCUGGGAGGUACUGGCGGCCACCAGAUGGCGCGAGCGCCAGCGGUUCGUCGCCACCGAGCCCGAGGUCGCGCCCGACGACGAGCAGUACGAAGGGCGGGCCGCCGGCUUUUGCGACAUCUCCGGGCCACUGCCCGUCGAGCUGCCGCCCCGGCUGCGGCACGCCGUGGCCAAGAGGCGCCGGGUCGAGUUGGAGAUCGGGGUCCCGCCCGAGCCGUUGGCGGCCGCUCUGCUGGACGCUGGUCGCUGGGUGGAGCGCCGCCGUGGCGCGUGGCGCCGGCCUGGCCGUAUUCACGCCCUCGAGGCGCGCGCCGCCGUCGCACCGCUAUGGAGAGCGGCAGGCGACGUCAACUUCCACGGGAAGGAGAUCCUCAGUCUGUGCGACAACAUGUCGUCGGUCCUCGCCUUUGAGAAGGGCAGGGCCACCAAUUUUGAGCUCCUGGCGCAGUGCCGCCGGGUUGCGGCCGUCUGCUUCGGGUGCGAGAUCCGCUGGCGCCCGAGGCACGUGCCAGGCAUCUACAACGUCGCGGACCACGGGAGCCGGGCGGCUGACCGAGGUGAGCUCCUCGCCGGACGCUACCGCGGACGAGGCGCCCUGUCGGCGCCCACCAGCGGCAGCCGCCGAAUUCCCGUGGUCCCGCCAGCCGCGGGCAGGGCCAAGGCCCCGCCGACCGCGGCUACCGAGUUUGAGAUCGGACGAGAGCAGGCCGAGUUGCUGGGAGUAAAAGGCAUCAAGAUGAAGUCUCGAAAGUACGCCCCAACGAGCGACCCCAACGAGACCGACCUGAGCAUGUUCGAUGCCUCCCUGUUGCACUCGAGCCUCCUGGAGUUCCUCUACGGGGCCCACGUGUACAUCUUGGGGCACGCGAAGAUCCUCAACAGGACCCUCCUGAGCGCCCUCGGCCUCCUGAAGUUCUUCAACAGGGCCCACCUGCACACCUUGGGCCACACGAAGAGCCUCAACGGGCACUGGCUAAGCGCCCUCG